AAAAAAUGGGUUCCUUAUGGGUUAAAAACUCACGUUGCUCCUCAGAUAAAUACACCUCAACAAGAACAAAAAAAGGGAACACCCAACCCCAAUAAACGCUUGACCUGCCCCAGGUUGUGUAAUCGUGCGCCGAUCCCCGGGGCCCUCCGCGGGCAUCGGCGUAUCCUUCCAUCUCUCUCUGUGUCUCUCUGGCACGUUUUCUUUUUUUUUGCAACCGGGGGGCCCCGCUCGCGCAGGGCAGCGGGCCAGUCCGCGCGCGUUCCUCCCACUCAGCGCUCCGCGAGCCACGCCGAGGCGUUCACAUCGGGACCGGACGAGCCGAGGUUUUGCCACACUCUCGUUUCCGCGGAGGUGCUAAAUGGAGAGUUUUAAUCAUAAACUGAACGCCUACAUAGAAUCAUGGAUGGGGCCCAGAGAUCAGCGGGUCCGGGGAUGGCUGCUUUUGGACAACUACCCCCCAACCUUCGCGCUGACCAUCAUGUACCUCCUCAUUGUGUGGAUAGGACCCAAGUACAUGAGACAGCGGCAGCCGUUCUCCUGCAGAGGACUCCUGGUGGUGUACAAUCUGGGCCUCACGCUUUUGUCCUUCUACAUGUUCUAUGAGAUGGUCACUGCUGUGUGGUAUGGAGGUUACAACUUCUAUUGUCAGGACACACACAGUGCAGGAGAAGCAGACAACAAGAUCAUAAACGUGCUGUGGUGGUACUACUUCUCCAAGCUCAUCGAGUUCAUGGACACCAUUUUCUUCAUACUGCGAAAGAACAACCACCAGAUCACAUUCCUGCACAUCUACCACCACGCCAGCAUGCUCAACAUCUGGUGGUUUGUCAUGAACUGGGUUCCCUGCGGUCACUCCUACUUCGGUGCCUCCCUCAACAGCUUCAUCCAUGUGUUGAUGUAUUCCUACUACGGGCUCUCGGCGAUCCCGGCCAUGCGGCCGUACCUUUGGUGGAAGAAGUACAUCACGCAGGGACAGCUGAUCCAGUUCUUCCUGACCAUGUCCCAGACGUUGUGUGCAGUAAUAUGGCCGUGUAGCUUCCCUCGGGGCUGGUUAUACUUCCAGAUAGGCUACAUGGUCACGCUGAUCCUCCUCUUCUCAAACUUCUACAUCCAGACCUACAAGAAGCACAGCAGGUUUCAGAAGAAAGAGCACAAGAACGGCUCCGUUGCAUCAAUAAAUGGACACGCGAACGGGGCGUCGCCCCUGGAGGGCGUCACGCAGAAGAAGCUGAGGGUGGAAUAACCCAUGAGACGCCACGGCCCACCGUCGUCGCAGCACACGGCCUCGCUGCUCGGAGGGAUGAGUAUCUUCAUUUGAGAGAGAUCAUAGAUUAGUCUAGUCUUCACUUGACUACACAAAAAAAAAAAAGAAAAAAAAAAAAGAAGCCAUAGCCACAUAUAACCAGAGACUCUCCAUGUUCCUUGCGCACAUUACCACUCGUGGUAUUGAAGCAAAGACUACUGUAGCAUGCCCGACCCUGCACGACGACGCUUCUGCCCCGUAUUAAAGUCACUCCGGCGCUGACAAACUCGCUUUAUGGCUCAGCGAACUGCUCCUUUUUUUUUUUUUUUUACGUUUGCCACCUGGAAAAAGAAAGCACACGUUGUACGUUUUCUGUACAGACGAUCCAAAGACCAACGCUCACAUGAGCACACGGGCAGCGCUGCAGGUGCCCUCCCCGCCGUGGCCCUCCACCUGCAGUAAAGGGAGCAACUAGAAAUAACACCUAAGAGCUUUUAACGGUCCUUAGUCACACUUAUCAUGUGUAGAGACUUUCCAUUGGUUUGUUUUUGUUGUUUUGUUAGGUUUUUUUGGGCACACAUAACCACAGCCGGCGUCUUGUGUUUCCUUUUGUCUCCUCCUCGCCUCUUCUGCUGUGUUGUUCUGCUUCAGUCCCCGUGUAGUCGUGCAGUGCGGUCAGGUUCGACUGAUUAUCGAUAGGCUAUUUGCACAAUAGUUUUUGUUUUGAUGUACAGUUUUACCACUGAGUGGACCUGCAGCCGGCAGGUUUGUGUUUCACCACUCCUCCAGUUUGGCAAAUUUAGUCCGACUUUGGGACCCGGUCACAUGAAAACACGGCAACACUCUUGCCGAAUGUGGUACUGGCCAACAUCUGGGUCCUGCCAGACUGUUUUAAAACACACAAAGGUGAAGUUUCACAAACUGUCCGUGUUAGAAAAGUCUGUUUCCCUCUUCUGCUGGUCUUCCUCUUGCAGUAACUCCCCGUCUCGUCUGGCAGUGAAUUACACGACGUUUAAUCUCUGUAACGUAUUCUCCACUGAAGAUAACUCAUCAUCUCUGAAUAUGAUAGUGUCUGCAGAGCGGCAGUGACGCUGAAUACAACCACACAAUUUAGUGACGUGCAACUUAAUUCUGCUCUUUUGAAAUGCAUGGCUCCAGUACCUGAUAUUCAAAUCAGGUUCACCACGAACCGCUCGAUUUGAUGAGCCACUACAUCCAUCCAUCCAUCCAUUAUCUAAACCACUUAUCCUGUCAUUGGGUAGCAGGCAGGGAGACACCCUGGUCAGGCCGCCAGGCCAUCACAGGGCUGACACACACACACACACACACACACACACACACACACACACACAC